UCCGGGGCGCGAAGUGCCAAGUGUCGCUAGGACGUUUCCAGCAGGCCCAGCAGGCGGACCCAGCGGCUGGGAGAAAACGGUGCAGGGUGAAACUGUAACCAUCCACCCUCUUCUCCUGGUUUCAGUAAAAUAUGAAGCAAGAUCAUCAGCUAAAAGUGAAAACUAAGAAGACUGUUGGAGAUGAUUCAACAAGAAAGGUGGAAUAAUGUUAACCAGAGAAAAAGCCCCUUUUUCUUCAGAGGAAUUUCACAAAGUAGAUCUGAAGGAAUUGACAUGGAAGCCCAAAAAUCCUCAAAGAAUUGCAGUAUUACAGAAUUUCCAGACCCAAGUUUGCCUCUCGAUUGGCCAGAUGAUUUCACGCUUCGUGGCAAUAAAGCUGCUAAUGCUACAAAUCCAUUCUGGAAUGAACUGUCUGUUUCUAACCCAUUUUUGGAUGAUAUAACUCAGCUAAGAAAUAAUCAGAAGAGAAAUAAUAUUUCCAUCUUGAAGGAAGAUCCUUUACUUUUUUUCAGAGAAAUAGAAACUGGAAAUUCUUUUGAUUCCUCUGGUGAUGAACUUAAUGUGCAUCAGUUGCUGAGGCAGUCUUCCUCAAGGAAAUGUGGAAGAUCUAAAAGUGUUUCAGAACUUUUGGACAUUUUAGAUGACACAGCACGUGCCCAUCAAAAUGGACAAAAUUCUGACCAGAUCCUAGAACAAGACUUAGAAUGGCUUCAAAAUGAUCGAGAGGCUUAUAAAAUGGCUUGGUUAAGUCAACGCCAGCUGGCCCGCUCCUGUCUGGAUUUAAAGACAAUUAAUCAGAGUCCUGGGUGGGCCCAAACACAAGUUGCAGAGACCACAAUAGUUUGCAAAUUAAACCAUCAAGGGGGGUCAGUACAGUUACCUGAAUCAGAUAUCACUGUUCAUGUUCCCCAAGGUCAUGUAGCUGUAGGAGAAUUCCAAGAGUUAUCUCUAAGGGCUUUUCUAGAUCCCCCACAAGUACUGAACCAUGAUCUUUCAUGCACUGUAAGCCCACUGUUGGAAAUCAUGCUAGGUAACCUUAACACAAUGGAAGCUAUUUUGCUAGAGAUAAAAAUCGGGGCUGAAGUAAAAAAGGAUCCUUUCAGCCAAGUCAUGACAGAAAUAGUGUGUUUACACAGCCUAGAUAAAGAAGGCCCUUUCAAGGUAUUGAACAACUGCUACAUUUACAAAGACACCAUCCAAGUCAAGCUAGUAGACUUGAGCCAGGUGAUGUAUCUAGUGAUUGCUGCACAAACUAAAGGUAUUCAGUCACCUGCUAUGACCAUUUGGGAUUAUAUCCACAAAACCACCUCAAUUGGAAUUUAUGGCCCCAAAUAUAUCCACCCCAGUUUCACUGCUGUUUUUACAGUUUGUGGACACAGUUAUAUGCCAGGAAAGCUUACAAUUUCUGAUAUUAAGAAGGGUGGGAAAAAUAUGUCUCCAGUUGUAUUUCAGCUCUGGGGGAAACAUUCCUUCUUACUUGAAAAGCCACAAGAUUUAAAUAUUUCUGUCUUUUCAUGUGAUCCUGAUUUUGAAGUGAAGGUAGAAGGAAAAAGGAAAGAAAUUAAACAAAAGCAGUUGCGAUCAGGUCAAGUAGUUCAUCAGCAAUUUUCAUUCUCUUUAGUUGACUCCAGAGAAAUGCACUUGUUUGUUUUCCGUGUUCAGGUGGAGCCUCCCAAUGGUAGACCAGUUACACAGUUCUUUAUUACUACUCCUGAUCCAGCCCCAAACCUAAAAAGGCUCUCAGAUCUGCCAAGUGAUUGGCAGAAGGAAAAAGAAAUAAAGUCUACUCCUUUACUACCAACAGUGCAUGUUAAAUAUCCCACAUUUCAAGACAAAAAAUUGAACUUUACAAACUAUGGGAUAACCCUGAAGACAGUGCUAAGACAAAGCAAGAUUGACUACUUACUUGAAUAUUUCAAAGGGGACAGAGUAGCUCUUCUUGGAGAAGGUAAAGUAAAAGCCAUUGGACAGUCCAAAGUGAAAGAAUGGUAUGUGGGAGUCCUGAGAGGUAAGAUUGGACUUGUGCAUUGUAAAAAUAUCAAGGUGAUUGCAAAGGAACAAGUAAUGUCUACAUCGGAUACUGUCUUCACAACCUGGAAUCUUCUUGAACAAAUUGCUCUGCCUUUUAAAAAACUGACUUAUAUCUACUCAGUUGUAUUGACCUUGGUGUCAGAAAAAGUUAAUGAUUGGAAAGUUUUAGCUGAUGUCCUGGGUUACUCACAUCUGGUGCUGGAAGAUUUUGAUCGAAUACAAGCAGACAAAGAAUCAGAAAAAGUUUCUUAUGUUGUGAAGAAGUUAAAGGAAGAUUGUCAUACAGAUAGAAAUACCAGGAAGUUUCUUUAUGAACUUGUUGUGGCUCUGCUGAAGAUUGAUUGCCAGGGGUUAGUAGCACAUCUCAUCCAAGAGGCUGUUAUUCUGACUUCAGCUGUCAAGCUUGGAAAAGGCUGGAGGGAACUGGCUGAAAAGUUAGUAAGACUCACAAAGCGACAGAUAGAGGCAUAUGAAACUCCUCACCAAGGAAAAGCGGGAGAUGUUACCACAGAGAUGAUGUGGAAACCUGCCUAUGAUUUUCUCUAUACUUGGAGUGCUCACUAUGGAAAUAGCUACAGAGAUGUGUUACAAGACCUUCAAUCAGCCUUGGAUAGAAUGAAAAAUCCUGUGACCAGACAAUGGCGGGACUUAACUGGAGCUUUAAUAUUAGUAAAUUCUUUAGAGGUUUUGAGAGCAACUGCAUUCUCCACUUCAGAAGAAGUAUAGAAAUGAAGGGUGUUCAUAGAUGGCUGAGAAAUGAUGCAUAUUCUAGAACCAUAGAGUGAGUAAAUUGUAGUAAGAUAGCAGACCUAGAGAGCUGGAACCUUUUCACUACAUUGCCCUUUUACUUCAGGCAAGACAUAUCAAAUUCUGAUUAUUAGAGUAAAUGAAAAGCAUACUCAUAGAUGACUUCCCUUGGGUUUUCUUUGUUGUUACUGUAGGGUCUGAAUGCUGCAGAUAAAGAAUGCUGUUUCUACAGGUGGGGAACAUGAAGCAGUUUAGGAACAGACAUAGUGUUAUGGGUAAGGAUUAUGAAAUUAACCUGGAUCUCCUUUUAGUGAACACUGAGGUCCCUGGGAAGGCAAAUGUCUUUUAUUGAGCAAACUAAAAUAAAGGGAGGCUUAGCUCACCCAAAAGAACACUGAGAAAAUCUGGGAAGUUUGUCUUGAAGAGUGUGGUGAGUGGGAAGGAAAGAGGAUAUGCUGGACUCCUGAAGGCGUUGAGUAUGUCAUCCUGAACAGAGAUUUGAGAAAAGUAGCAGAAAAAUCUCCAGCUGGGAACUGCAAUUUGAGAGGGAAGGCUAAAAAGUCUUCUCUAGUUGUUAUUUUUUAUAGUCCUUUCAGGGCAAUUUUAGUAAACAAGCCUGAAACUGAGGCGUUUCCUGAUACUUGGAAUUUUCAUUGCUGAAACCAGGAAAGUCCCAGACAAACUGAGAUAGUUGGUCACCCCAGGUAUAAAACACUGAAAGACAUUGCUAAAAAUAAAAGCAGCAACUGAGAAAGAUAACACUUUUAAUUAUUAUCAGGCAUUUUGUAUCAUAGCUUAAAUAAUCAUGAUAGUUAUGUUAGCAAAGGAUGUAAGAUAUUUUUAUAGGUGAAGGGAGUCAUGGAAAGUACCAAGAAUGUGUCCCUGACUUGGGGACAGACUGUCUUGAGAAAAGGGCAAAACUUAAAGUAAAUACAGGGUGCAGAAGUUGACAGAGAGAGAUAAUAAAUGCAAACCUUGCUAAUUACAAUUUUUGCUAAGGACCAGACCUGAUAAAACUCAUGCCAUUCUGAUGUGGAUAAGCUUUGAAAUGGUAUUUGUAAGUUUGUUACUUAAUUACAAGUUUCUCUGACUGCAAAACACUGAAUUAUAAUUCAGUCAAAAAAUACAGUGGUCAAAAGAAUUUGUGACAUUACUGGGCAGUCUGUAGAAAGGGUAUUUGUCAAAGUGGUUGUUUUGACUUAGAAAGUCAAUAUUAGGCAUAAUCAUCUGUACAUUAGACAUAAUCAUCUGUACAUUUAAUUCAUUUAAUUAAUUGAUUGAUUGAUUUUAUUGAACUUUAAUUGAUUUACAGUAUUUUAUUACUUUCAAGCAUACAGCAUAGUGAUUCAGUAUUUCUCUUUAGUGCUCCUGUGUUGCAUGCAUACUUUUUUGUAUUGGAUCCUUAACCAUUGUAUAAUGCCCUUCUUUGUCUUUGGUUAUAGCUUUUGUUUGAAAGUCUGUUUUGUCUAUAUGAGUAUUUCCACCCCUGCCUUCUUGUUUCUGUUUGUAUGAAAUAUAUAUUUCUAUUAUU